AUGCCAGCCGAGAGGGCUCUGCAGGAGCUGCCAUGUCUGAAUGAGAACCUGGAGGGCUCUCUGUUGAACGUGUCCCAGUCCAAAGGACGAAAAAGACCAUGUGCCUUUAGGGUAGGACUAGGCACAGAGAACACUCCUAACGAGCUCAUCCAGCACUGGUCUCCUCCCCAGAAACAGCCGCGUCCCAGCAUCAAGGGCAAGGAGAACACUUUUGUCCUCGCCAGACGCUCCAGGCGGAGCAGAGAGUCAACAGGUGGACUGUGCUGGGACACGCUUCCAGACGAGCUGCUGUUGGGGAUUUUUUCUCGUCUCUCGUUGCGAGAUCUGCUCAGGACGUCCCGCGUCUGUAAGCGCUGGCAUCGGUUAGCGUUUGAUGAGUCUCUGUGGCCGAGCACUGACCUGGUGGGUAAAGCUCAGUUAGAUGCCGAGCUGAGUCAGGUGCUUACAGCCGGAGUCCUGAGGCUGCGCUGUCCACACACGUGCAUCGGUCAGCAAGCUUUUAAAAAUACAGAACCUCUGCGUGUCCAGCAUUUGGACGUGUCUAGCUGCACCGUACAGACAUCAGUCCUGGAUGACGUUCUGUCCCGCUGCAGACACCUCCAGAAUCUCAGUCUGGAGGGGCUGGUUCUCUCUGAUGAGAUUCUCAAAUACUUGAGCCAGAACACAGAUCUGGUCCGGCUGAACCUGUGUGGCUGUUCUGGGUUCUCUUCUGAUUCACUGACCGAGAUGCUCAAAUCCUGCACCCAACUUGAGGAACUGAACGUGUCGUGGUGUGAUUUCAGCAGUCAGCACGUUCAGGCUUUCGCUAACAACGUUCCAUCCAGCGUAACACGGCUCAAUAUCGGCGGCUACAGACAAAACCUGACGAUGGAGGACGUAAAGAACUUGGUGGAAAGAUGUCCGGAUCUCACACAUUUAGAUUUAAGUGAUAGUGUGCUCGUCACGACGGACAGUUUCUCGGUCCUGCAGCAGCUCUCUUCACUACGGCAUUUAGGUCUGAGUCGCUGCUACCAGAUCCACCCCGCUGCCCUCAUAGAGUUCGAGAAGUUUCCAACACUGCAGACGCUGGAGGUGUUCGGCCUGAUACAGGACAGCCAACUGCCCACCCUGAGUAAGAGCCUGCCGCGCAUACAGAUCAACACCCUGCCGUUUUCCAGCGUGGCACGCCCCACCGUAGCUGGCUGUAAAGAGCGUACGCUGUGGGGGAUGCACUGUCGACUGGUAUAUAAGCCCUGACCCUCAGAGCCGGGACGGUUAGGAGGGGAACGGAGGGGAAUUUUAGGAUGUUUUAAAUAAUGAACAGGUUGAAGUCACAUGUUGCCUCUGAAGUUUUAAGUACCGCCAGCAAAAUCAAAAAGCAUGUUAUGGUUGUUACUUUAUGCCUGUAGAGUUUUUUUAUGAUA